UUUUGUAUGUGUUGGUGGAUAGUUCUGAGGAGAUGCAGUUGAGUUUGGUGGUGCUAUGCGUGUGUUAUCUGUGUUUUUUCAUUGAAUAUUUAUUUGAGGUCGGUCAAGUAAUGUUCUUGGUAUGCUUGUGAGAUGUUGUGCGAUGUUAAAGGCUGCUCCUUUGUUGGGGGUUAUGUAUAUGAUUAUAUUUGAGGCAGUGAAAUAAUCUCCUUCUCCUUGUUAGGAUAUUGGCAGGUUCAAUGGCCCGGACUUUGUUAAUCUGUUUCAGUUCCAACUAUUUCAAGAAUGAGAUUAUUAAGUUGGGAAAUUUUUACGUGGUUUGAAAGGUGUAAACUGUAUUUUGCUUGACGUUGACUACAUCCUUCCAAGAUGAAUGGAUCUACUAAUAGCAGAGGAAUGCCUUCCAAUGGAAUAAAGGAGCAAGAGGAGGCUACUUUGGCUCUUAAUUCAAAUGAUGGACCGAGACACCGUCCCUUAACUCUUAUAAGGGCAUUGAGGGGUAUAUUAUGUUUGGUUACAUUGUUGUCGACUGCAUUUAUGCUGCUGAUUUACUUGGCUCCCAUUACGAUUCUCAUCGUACGUAUGUUCAGUGUACACUACAGCAGGAAAGCAACAUCCUUUUUAUUUGGUAUAUGGCUAUCCCUGUGGCCUUUUUUGUUUGAAAAGAUAAACGGGACAAAGGUGGUUUUUUCUGGAGAUAUGGUUCCUUCAGAAGAACGAAUCUUGCUGUUGGCAAAUCAUAGAACUGAAGUUGAUUGGAUGUACUUGUGGGAUCUUGCAUUGCGCAAGGGGUUUUUGGGACAUAUUAAGUAUAUCCUUAAGAAAAGUUUGAUGAAACUGCCUAUAUUUGGCUGGGGAUUUCAGAUUUUUGAAUUUAUUUCUGUGGAGAGGAAGUGGGAGAGUGAUGAAUUGAUCAUGAAGAAGAAACUUUCAGCUUUCAAGGAUCCUAAAGAUCCCCUAUGGCUUGCACUUUUCCCAGAGGGCACAGACUAUACUGAACAGAAGUGCCUCAAAAGCCAACAGUUUGCUGCAGAGAAUGACUUGCCCAUCCUUAGAAAUGUACUUAUUCCCAAAACAAAGGGUUUCUAUGCUUGUUUGGAAUCUCUAAGAAAUACCUUGAAUGCAGUUUAUGAUGUGACAAUUGCAUACAAACACCGCUGCCCGACUUUUAUUGAUAAUGUAUUUGGUGUGGAUCCUUCUGAGGUUCAUAUUCACGUGCAACGUAUUACUCUCAAUGAGAUCCCAACAUCAGAAGAAGAGGCAGCAGCAUGGUUGAUAGAAAGGUUCCAGCUUAAAGACCAAUUGCUCUCUGAUUUCGCUGCUCGAGGGCAUUUCCCUCAUCAUGUACCCGAAGAGAAUCUCUCUACAUUGGUAUGCCUGGUAAAAUUUCUUGUGGUGAUUGUGACGACUUCGCUGUUUACACACCUCACUCUGUUUUCAUCCGUUUGGUACAAAGUGUAUGUAGCCUUUAGUUUCACUUAUCUUACGGCGGUGACCUACUUCGACAUCCUGCCGUCACCGGUUUUGUGUUCUUCUAUCAAGUCCUUGUUUUGCAGCAAGAAAAUGUCAUAGUAGUCAAAUACUUACAACAGCACAAUGUAUCCAAACAUUGAACCAUUGAUAUUUGAUUUCAGGCUGCAAAUUGUUCCAUUUCUUUUCUUGGUUUCCUCAAGUGUUAUUACUGUACAUUGUUUCUCAAGUCUGGUGAAUUUGGUUGAAUGGAAAUCUGUCAGGACUGUUAUGAACUCA